UUGGAGAGAGCUGAUGUCACAAGUGGUUUGAGCGGAGAGCUUAUAAACUGUGACAGCCUGACAAACCAUUGGAUUGCUCCACAGUCAGACGGGGACCACACGAGAAACAGAGCAUCAGCAUCAUAAACACUAUGUAUUACCUCAGGGUGCCUGUGUUUCUCCUCACGGCACUUGUUUUGCUCCGCUGCAUUGCUGCCGCUCCAAGCCACAGGUACUUCAGUCCCAGCUCCUUCUCCGAUGACGAGCAGGAAAGUGCUCUUCCUGACAACGAGAGCUGGGCACUGCCUGAGCUAAUCUCUGGCCCGUUCCUUGGCCUCAUGGGCACACGGCCACAGAGGGGCCUCACAGCAAUGAACAGUCAUCACUUACAGAAGAGAAAGUGCAACACAGCCACCUGUGUGACCCAGAGGUUAGCAGACUUCCUGGUCCGGUCCAGUAACACCAUUGGAACGGUCUAUGUCCCGACAAACGUGGGAUCAAGCACCUACGGCAAGAGGGACCUAAAGCCUCCCAGCUACCUUCCUUUCUAGUACAAACUGAGAGAAUACCAGGCCUAAUGAUAUAACGAUCAUGUGUAACAAUGAAUGUGAGAAUGAUGACUGGUGAAAAAUUAUAUCAUAAGAAUAAUUGUUUUAUUAUUUUAUGAGCAUCAAGAAACAGUGCCUUUGAUUUAAGCCAUCCAAAUCCAUGUAUGUGUUCUCCCAGCUUAGUAAAUGUCAUAAAUUCUCUCCCACAUACAGCACUAAUAAAAUGAAAAAAAAAAGUAAUUACAAAAUAUUCAGUGAAACAAAAGAAAUGUAAAGCCCUUUAAUAUAAAUCUGCGAUGAUGUUUUGAUAAUAAAAAUGUUGAAAUGUA